GUAGAAACAACAAGCCGCCAUUUUGUUUGUGCGGACAGACCGUCAGAAACAGGAGGAGAUAACUGAGAAGGAGCGACUCCGGCGACCGACUGCAGCUGCUCCGGGAAGCGCCGCGGGAAUAAAGUGGCGAAAUCCUGUCCGUGUUAAUGAGGAGAGAGAAAGCAUCGCCAACAGAUAAGACGACGGUGGAGGGAAAACCGAGUCGGUGAAAUAAAUGUGUGCAUGAGAAGGAAAUACUCCGAAAAAUCCAAGGAAGGGGGUGUUUUGCGGAGACAGAGGAGAGGCGGAAGAGCGCUGUAUUUUAUAACAACGAGGAAAAACCUGCGAAAAAGGGAAACAGCAACAUGAAAAAUCAGUAUGUGUCCAUCGCGGAGGAAGGAAAGAGCCCGCAUAGACAAUUAUAUAAAUAAAUUGCUGCCGGGCAGAAGGGAGAGGUGGAAAUAAAGACGGGUUUAAAGAGAAGGGAAAAAUUGCCAGGAUCAACACGAAGGGGGGGCAUUCUCCAUCACAAAGAGUCAAUGAGAGGAUUUUGUCAGCCCAAAUUUUUUUUAGGGGGGUGUCAACAUUAGGGUGCCGAUGUGAAGCUUUCCGCUUCCGAAAUAGCCAUAAUUUUCUCAGCGAUCUGCCAUCAAUUUUUAUCACAUUUUCGCCUGUCGCCGUAGUUGUGUCCUGAUCUUUCGUUUUCUCUUCACUUGCAUUGCCAAGGCGUCCUAUAAACAGUGAGUGACAGGUAUAUUUUUAGGGUUAUUUGCCAUUAUCUGAGAUUUCAAGUGUUAAAAACCAAGUGGAACCCGGAGGAGGAACCUCUUCUGGAGCACAAGAUAAGUAUCCCCACAGAUCGUCCUCUGCAAAAUAAAAGUAAUUGGAUCAAUCUGACUGCCCGCUGAUUGGUAAUUCGCGCUGUGAUUGCCCUUAAGAACUAUUCUGUCAAAGAAAUGAAGUCUGCAUCAGAGUCGAUUGCACAAGAGGAGUGAUUUUUUUUUUUUUUGGGGGGGGGGGGGGGGUGUAACAAGAUUUUCUAUUUUCAACCUUUGCCAGCCCUGCUGACUGCAAUAGGCAUAUACGCUCAAAAAAAGGUUGCAACAACCAAAUGUGCAAUACGAGUCGGUUCUUUCUGACCCAGUGCCUUGCAUGGUCAAACACUAAGUGCACAUUUUAGUCAGCAUGCAAAAGAAAACUCAUGCAUGGGAAUAUACAUCCGCAGUAGACUUUCAUUUUAUCUGUGGGAAUCCAAUGUGCAUCUCUCUGCAGAGCUGUUUAUUUAGUUACUGUUGAGCCAAUGCAAGUUGUUUUUCUCAGUAUUAACACUUGAGAGUACCAUUUGCGCUUAAAUUGUAUUGUCAAACUACUGCUGGUGGUCUCCACUCACCGGUUGGCUGCCUUUUGGGUUUGGAAACGUGAAGGAAUCGGUUGUGCAUUGGCAUCAGGGAGAUGUUUGGUUAGGUGAGAGAAAUGGUAAAUGUAAGCGAGGAUCUCAAAACUGUUGCAUGAGAGAUCGGCCUCCAGAAGUUGACACGGGAAUACUCCUGGCUUGUGUUUUUUGGACCACAAUUCCCAUUUUCGUGCCCUGAAAGAGACCCCACUGGAGCGUUUUACCUGAAAUACAGGAUUUCUCCGCCGACAAUGGCGGACAGGACUGAGUGCAGCACGGAGGACGGAUCUUGGGACAGUUUUUGUGUCGCAGAAGAGGCUACAUGAGGUUGUCAGAGGGCCGCACGCUUGCCUUUUUUGCCGACUCCACCUUCCCACCUCCUCCUGUUCAAAUCUGUGAAGAAACAAAAUCUCCGACAGGGGAGGGGGACUGAUAUCUACAGAGAGGAAUAAACCGAGAGGGAGAACUGUGGGGGAAAGAGUUCAACAUUGCUCUCUUCUCCCCUACCGUCCCCCGAGCGGUGGGGGACCGAUCAGAAGCAUUCUUACCGGGAUAAGGAGACGCAAAUAAGGGAAAUACGUUUGCCCUCCGUGGAUCUACAGCAAUUGUUUUAUCCGUCAAAAAUAUGGCCGAUAAUGUCCUGGAGUCCGGCCCGCCUUCAGCCAAGAGGCCCAAGCUGUCCUCUCCGGCUCUCUCUGUGUCUGCCAGUGAUGGAAAUGAUUUUGGUUCGCUCUUUGACCUGGAGCAUGACCUCCCAGAUGAGCUCAUCAAUUCGUCUGAUCUGGGGCUGACCAAUGGAGGGGAUGUCGGCCAACUCCAUACCAGUCUUGUGGGGCUCGGAGGGGGGAUCGGUUUGGGAGGCCAAGAUGCUGCUGCGAAACACAAACAAUUGUCAGAGCUCUUGCGCGCUGGGGCACCAGCACAGCAGGGUGGCCCUCCUUCCAACAGCACAGCACCUGGGGCUUCCUUGGGGAUGAUGGGGGGUGUCAAUGUGUCCCCUGGUGGACCUCAAGGCAUGUCCUCUCAGGGUCAGCAGCAACCUGGAUUAAUGCAGCAGGUUGGGAUGGUUGGAGGGGUGGCAGCACUCAAUCGGGCAGCUGCCAUGAUGGGUGCCCAGAAGGGCAACACUGGACAGCAGCAGCAAGGCCUGAUGGGGGGACAGGUGAUGAAUGGCUCACCGAGAAUGGGUUACCCUGGCAGUGCAGGCAUGGGUAACAGUAGUAAUUUGUUGGCGGAAACCCUACAGCAGCAGCAGCAGCAGGGUGGUCAGCAAAUGGGACAGGCAGGCAUGAGACCACAGCAACCUGGAGCACUGAACAAGAUGAAUAUGAUGGCCAAUGCGGGCCCCUAUGGUGGUCUGUACGGCCAGUCUGCUGGCCAGGGGCUGCCUGGAGCAGGGCUGGGCCCACAGCUCCAGAAUAAGGCGGGCCUGCCCAACAGUAUGGCCACCCAGUUCAACAUGGACAAGAAGGCCCCACCGGGCCAAGGCAUGCCUGGGAUGAAGUCUCAGCAGCAGCCCGGGGGAGUUGGUGGUGGAUCCAUCGGCGGGGCAGCAGCAGUGGGAGGGGCCCAGGUCGGCCUCGGUGCCGUAGGGGCGGGUCCCGGCACAGCGCCCCCUACCGCAGACCCUGAGAAACGGAAGCUCAUUCAACAGCAGCUGGUCCUCUUGCUGCACGCACACAAGUGCCAGCGUAGGGAGCAGGCGAAUGGCGAAGUGCGGCAGUGCAACCUGCCCCACUGCCGCACCAUGAAGAACGUGCUCAACCACAUGACUCAUUGCCAGGCUGGCAAGUCCUGCCAGGUGGCACACUGUGCCUCAUCCAGACAGAUCAUCUCUCAUUGGAAGAACUGCACACGGCACGACUGUCCCGUAUGCUUGCCGCUGAAAAACGCUGGAGACAAGCGGAAUCAGCAGUCUUCUGUUAACAGUGCAGGGGUUGGACUGGUGAACUCUUUAGGUUCAGGGGUGCCUGGUGGACAGUCCAACACUCCGAACCUGAACCCUCCCAACCAGAUUGACCCCAGCUCUAUAGAGAGGGCCUACGCUGCACUAGGCCUCACUUACCAGGGCAACCAGAUGACACCGCAGCCAACACAGGCCACCAUGCCAAACCAGGGGCUGCAGGGCCAGCCCGGGAUGAGGACUCUGAACACCAUGGGAGGAAACUCUAUGGGAGUAAAUGGUGGAGUGGGUGUGCAAUCCACCAACCAGCAGUCCAACCUACUGCCAAACGCGAUGUUACACAGCAGCAUGAAUGCACAGAGCUUGAUGAAUGAUGGUGUGGGGAACCUGAGCUCCAUGCCCACGGCAACUCCUCCUUCUGCUGCAGGCAUGAGAAAGUCUUGGCAUGAAGACAUCACACAGGACCUUCGCAACCACCUUGUCCACAAGCUUUUGUGCAUGUGUGAGAGCAGCGUGCAGGCCAUCUUCCCCACUCCUGAUCCAGCUGCACUGAAGGAUCGGCGGAUGGAGAAUCUCGUGGCUUAUGCUCGUAAAGUAGAGGGAGACAUGUAUGAGUCAGCCAACAGUAGGGCGGAGUACUACCACCUGCUGGCAGAGAAGAUCUACAAGAUCCAAAAGGAGCUGGAGGAAAAGAGGAGGACACGACUCCAGAAGCAGGGCAUGAUGCCGGGACAACCUGGCCUACCCUCCCCAGGCCUAGCCUCCCCAGGACUUCCGCAAGGGCCUCCCAGCAUGGGACAACCACCCAUGGCCCCAGGGCAAUCCCCAAAUGGUCCUCACGCCGAUCCGUCCAUGGUCCGACCAGCUGGACCCAAUCAGAUGGUCAACAGGAUGCAGAACCCAGGAGGAAUGAACCAGUUUGGUCAGAUGGGGAUGCAGACGAUGGGUCAGAGGUCAACACCUCCUCUUCCUCUUAAUGCUCCACUGAACCAGAUGGGAAUGGGAGCAACAAGGAUGGGUCAGCCCAAUGCCACACAGUUACAGAACCAGUAUCUCCCUCCAGGCCAGUUUCCCGGGUCCAGUCCUGGACGUGGUUCUGGUUCUGUUGGCAUGAACCAGCCAGGAGCACAGACUGCUGUGCCAUCGCAGAACCAGAUGUCCACGCCGCCUUCGCUGCCGGCCAGCAGCCCUGCAGCACAGUCUGCCUCUUGUGCUCCUGGCUCCGGAGCCCCUGGAGUCUCCAUGGGGUCUGGUAGUGCAAGUGGCGCUGGGCCUCUACCCAACCUGCCUCCAUCCUCGACCUCCACCCAGCCCAACUCGUACCCUCACUGCCCACCCAUCCGAACAAACUCCCCCUCACCAGCACGCAGCUUAACGCCUCAACCGCAUCAAACGCCCCCCACGUUACCUCGUUCUCAGACCCCACAGCCACAGACUCCCAGCACACCUCAGCUGCCCCCUCCACAGCACCCCCAGCAACAACAAAAACAACAACACCAACAAGCUUCACAACAGCCGCCGCCAACAGGACAGGCGGUGAACUCUGAAAAGCCCAAUCAUCUUCCGCAGCAGACGCUUGGGGGUGUGGCUGUCUCAGGCCCCCAAGCAGGUCAGGCUUCUUCGGAGCCUGCCCAGAAUGCUCAUGUGCCAUUGCAGCGGCCGCAGACCCCACUGUCUCCAAAGCCUUCUCUAACAGCGGAUGGUCAGGUGUCCUCUCCAGCCUCGGUCAGCAGCAGCACCGACCCCAGCUCCCAGCUCACCCAGGCGGACGGUCCUGCUCCCAGCCAGGAAGAUGUCAAAAUGGAGGUGAAGAAGCAGGAGGAAGAGGACGAGGGGGCUGAGAGCCAAGGAGAGGGCAAGGGGAAGAUGGGCAAGGGUCUGCUUGACUUGAAGACAGAAGAGAAACCAGAGAUAAAGAAAGAGAAGCCGUCAGGAGAUGGGUGUAAAGGCGAGCCCAUGGAUACAUCUACCUCCUCUGUGUCAUCGUCAGUAGCAACAGGUGAAGACAAGAAACCUGAGGUGAAGAAGGAGCCCAAAGAGGAAGAGGAGGGCUCAGGGUCAUCAGCCUCCAACAGCUCCCCAGCCAGCGCUCAGAGCAAGAAGAAAAUCUUUAAGCCGGAGGAGCUGCGUCAGGCUCUGAUGCCCACCCUGGAAGCUUUGUACCGGCAGGACCCUGAGUCCCUUCCCUUCCGUCAGCCGGUGGACCCCCAGUUACUGGGAAUACCCGUACGUAUUCGAACUAGUAACAAAACUAACCUGGACUACUUUGACAUCGUGAAGAACCCCAUGGACCUGUCGACCAUCAAGCGGAAGCUGGACACUGGGCAAUACCAAGAGCCUUGGCAGUACGUUGAGGAUAUCUGGCUGAUGUUCAACAAUGCCUGGCUGUACAACCGCAAGACGUCCCGCGUCUAUAAGUACUGCUCUAAGCUGGCUGAGGUGUUUGAGUCGGAGAUCGAUCCUGUCAUGCAGGGCCUCGGAUACUGUUGUGGGAGGAAGUAUGAGUUUUCGCCCCAAACUCUCUGCUGCUAUGGAAAACAAUUGUGCACCAUCCAACGUGACGCUGCUUAUUUUAGCUACCAGAACAGUUCACCAAAAUAUGGGCUUCUUGCUGACAGGUACCACUUCUGUGAGAAGUGUUUCAACGAAAUCCAAGGCGAGUGUGUUUCCCUGGGGGACGACCCCUUGCAGCCUCAGACGUCCAUCAACAAAGACCAGUUCCAACGAAAGAAGAACGACACGCUUGACCCCGAGUUACUUGUGGAAUGUAUUGACUGCGGUCGUAAAAUGCACCAGAUCUGUGUCCUGCAUCAUGACACCAUAUGGCCGUCGGGCUUUGUAUGUGACAACUGCCUCAAAAAGGCCAAUAAGACGCGGAAAGAGAACAAAUACGCGGCCAAAAGACUUCCUCAGACCAAGUUGGGGAGCUUUUUGGAGUCACGAGUGAACGACUACCUCAAGCGGGUGCAUAGCCACCUUGAAACUGGCGAGGUCACUAUCCGUGUGGUCCACGUCUCAGACAAGGUGGUGGAGGUCAAGCCAGGCAUGAAGUCCAGGUUUGUUGACAGUGGAGAGAUGUCGGAGUCCUUCCCCUACAGGAUGAAAGCCCUGUUUGCAUUUGAGGACAUCGACGGAGCAGAUGUGUGUUUUUUCGGCAUGCACGUUCAAGAGUACGGCUCGGACUGCCCGCCUCCCAAUCAGAGACGAGUUUACAUCUCUUACCUGGACAGCGUGCACUUCUUCCAACCUCGACACCUCAGGACUGUCGUCUACCAUGAGAUCCUGCUGGGCUACCUGGAGUAUGUCAAGAGGCAGGGGUUUACAACGGGCCAUAUCUGGGCCUGUCCACCCAGUGAAGGGGAUGAUUACAUCUUCCAUUGUCACCCAACGGACCAGAAGAUCCCCAAGCCAAAGCGCCUGCAGGAGUGGUACAAAAAGAUGCUAGACAAGGCUGUUUCUGAGCGUAUUGUCCAUGAUUACAAAGACAUCUUCAAGCAGGCAACAGAGGACCGGCUGACCAGUGCCAAGGAGCUGCCGUACUUUGAGGGCGACUUCUGGCCCAACGUGCUGGAGGAGAGUAUCAAGGAGCUGGAGCAGGAGGAAGAGGAGAGGAAGAGGGAGGAGAACAGCACCUCCAACGAGAGCACAGAUGCCACAAAAGGAGACAGCAAGAACGCCAAAAAGAAGAACAAUAAAAAGACAAGCAAGAACAAGACCAGCAUGAGUCGCGCCAAUAAGAAGAAACCAGGGAUGCCCAAUGUUUCCAAUGACCUUUCCCAGAAGCUCUACGCCACCAUGGAGAAACAUAAGGAGGUCUUCUUUGUCAUCCGCCUCAUUGCUGGUCCCACCGCCAACUCGCUGCCGCCCAUCACUGACCCGGAUCCCCUGAUGGCCUGUGACCUGAUGGACGGCCGCGAUGCCUUCCUGACUCUGGCCCGGGACAAGCACCUGGAGUUCAGCUCCCUGAGGAGGUCUAGGUGGAGCUCCAUGUGUAUGUUGGUGGAGCUGCACAACCAAAGCCAGGACCGCUUCGUCUACACCUGCAAUGAGUGUAAACACCAUGUGGAGACCCGCUUCCACUGCACUGUCUGCGAGGACUAUGACUUGUGCAUCACCUGCUAUAACACUAAAGGUCAUGAGCACAAGAUGGAUAAGCUGGGGCUCGGACUGGACGACGACAGCAACAACCCGGCAGCAGCAGCUACCCAGAGCCCUGGAGACUCUCGCCGGCUCAGCAUCCAGCGAUGUAUCCAGUCGCUGGUCCACGCAUGCCAGUGCCGCAACGCCAACUGCUCCCUGCCAUCCUGCCAGAAAAUGAAGCGUGUUGUUCAGCACACAAAAGGCUGCAAGCGCAAGACAAAUGGCGGCUGUCCCAUCUGCAAGCAGCUCAUUGCUCUGUGCUGCUACCAUGCCAAACACUGUCAGGAGAACAAAUGUCCAGUCCCGUUCUGUCUGAACAUCAAGCAAAAGCUUCGGCAGCAGCAGCUGCAGCACAGGCUCCAGCAGGCCCAGAUGUUGAGGAGAAGGAUGGCCAGCAUGCAGAGGGUGGGGCAGCAAGCCGGAGGGCCAGCAGGAGGACCUGUAGGACUUCCUUCACCAGGCAACAAUGGUACCACAGCACCCAGUACCCCAACUUCUGGUGGUACCCAACCCCCAACACCCCAAACCCCGACUCAGACCAUGCCUCCAGUCCCCCAGCAAGGAAUGGGCCCUGGAUCUGGAGUCCAGCAGCAACAGCAGCCAGGUGGGAUGCCCCCUCAAAGUGGCAUGCCUCCUCAGCACCCCCUUCACCACCAGUUCCAGCAGAUGGCAGGUGGAGGAGGCGGGGCUGGGGGGAUAAUGAGCUCUCCCCAACAUCAGCAGCAGAUGCAUCCUCAGGUCCAGCAGCAACAGCAAAGUGGAGCAGGGACCAACCUUCAACAGCUCCAACAGCAUCCAAACAAUUUGCCUCCAUAUGCCAGCAGACCCCCGGGCUCCUCCCCAAUCCAUCAGUCCCAGGGCAAACCGGUCCUUGGCUCUGCAACGCCUCCCCAGCAGCACCCUGGUGGCGCUGUCAUGGCUGGAAGUGUUGGGGGCAAACACCCUCCCAGCCAGCCCCCAGGCCAGCCUUCCCUUCUACAGCAGCAACAACACCCCUCUUCUGGCCCUCCACCGGCAGCAGUAGAAAUUGCUAUGAAGAUCCAACAGGUAGCCGAUGCUCAGAGGAAGAUGGCUCUACAGAGACAAGCAGCCCAGGCAGCUGCAGGCAUGAUGCCACCUCAUCAUCAACAGGGCCAAGGUCAACAGAUGGGCAUGGGACACCAAGGGUCAGUAGGGAUGGUUGUUUCCCAGAGCAUGCCACCACAGACCCAAGCAGCAGUGGCGGCUGCUCGGGCCCACAUGGAUCAACAACAAGGUGCUCCACCAGGGAUGAUGGUUGGUGCUGGUGGGCCCAUGCAGCAACCCCCUCAGCAGGGUAACCUGCCCCAGGGCCAGCUCCCCCCUCAGGUACAGCUUCAACAACAGAGGAUGGGUGCGCCACUUCAAAACCCCCAACAGCAGCAACAACAGUGGGCAGGCCAGGGGAUGCCACCUCAGCAGAGGCAAGCUAUGAUGAACCAAAUGGGCCAUCCAACAAUGAUGGCAGCUCAACAACAACAGCAGCAGCAAAUGCAACAACAACAGCAGCAGCACCAACAAGCUCAGGGCCAUGCUGCCUUGAUGAAUAUGGCACAGCAGCAGCAAGGUGCUGGUGGCGGUCCAGGGGGGCCUGUCCCUGGAGUUACCGGUGUCCCAGGGGUUGGAGCUGCUGGUGGGAACAUUCCCCAGGCAGCCCUCCAGGAGCUGUUAAGGACACUUCGCUCACCCAGCUCACCACUCCAGCAACAGCAAGUCCUCAACAUCUUGCGGUCUAACCCACAGCUCAUGGCUGCUUUUAUCAAGCAGAGAGCCUCAAAAUACAAGGGGGGGCCAGUUGGACCAGGUGGUGUCCCUGGAGGUCCCGGUCCCACAGGGGGUCCUGUUGGUAAUGUCAUGCCAGGAGGCGGCCCACAGGUGAACAUUAAUGCUGCAGGUGCCAGCCAGCCAGGUAUGCACAUGGGAGGCCAGGGAGGGACGAAUGUAAACAUGGCCACUAUUGCCCAGCUGCAGCAAGUGCAGCAGCAGCAGCAGCAGCAGCAGCAGCAGCAGCAACAACAACAACAGCAACAGCAACAACAGCAGCUACAGCAGCAGCAGUUACAGCAGCAGCAGCAGCAACAACAGCAGCAACAACAACAGCUACAGCAACAACAACAGCUACAACAGCAACAGCUACAACAGCAACAGUUACAACAGCAGCAGAGGCCGAUGCUGAACAGUUUACAACAGCAGCAAGUGGCAGCUCUCCAGCAGCAACAACAGCAGCAACAAGGGGUAGGAAGAGGUAUGCAGGGCCAGGGGACGCAGAUGGCAAAUCUCAAUCCCCAGUUUAGAGAGCUGCUCAUGAGACGGCAUCUCCAGCAGCAGCAGCAACAACAACAGCAACAGCAGCAAAUGGGAGUAAAUCAUGGUCAGUUCCAGCAGCCACAGCCUCCACAGGGGCAGGGUUACAUGGGACAGCCUGGGAUGCAGCCUCAGGGCCCACCUGGAGGUCCACCUCUUGGCCCUCAGCAGCCCAGUGGUCCCCCAGGCCAGCAGGGGCAAGGUUAUCCGGGGUCAGUGGCCCAGCAGCAGGUCACAGCUGCACUCCAGCAGAGGCUCCAGCACCAGCACCACCUUCAGAUGCAGCAGCAGAAUGCCAUGGCUGGCCUCCCAGGUGGGGAUGCAGGGCCAGGUGGAGGAGGUGUAGGAGGUCCUCAGCAGCCACCUCAGGGCUCUCAGCCCACUCAGAGUGGCCCCCCACCUUCAUCUUCUCAGGUUCUGCUCCAACAGGCCCUCCACCAGAGACUGCUCCAGCAGCAGCAGCAGCAGCAGCAGCAGCAGCAGCAGCAUCUGGGCCCUGGCGGGUCACCAGCCCAGCACAGCAAUCCCAUGAGCCCUCAGCAGCCGCAGCAGAUGGCCCAGUCGCCACACCCACAUCUGCAGGGUCAGACGCUGCCCACAUCGCUGGCUAACCAGGUGCGAUCCCCACAGCCUUCACCCAGACCUCAGUCGCAGCCACCACACUCCAGCCCGUCCCCGCGCAUGCAGCCCCAGCCCUCGCCACAUCACAUCUCCCCCCAGAUGCAGACGGGUUCCCCACACCCUGGCCACCUGAACCAGCACCACCCGGGUAUGGUCCCUCCACAACAACAGCAACAGCCAUCGACCCAGCAGCAGCAACAGAACUCUAUGGACCAGUUUGGGUCGGACCAGAGUGCCAUGCUAUCUCAGUUGAGUGGCAUGGCUGGUCUGCACGGGCCAGGGGGGAACGGUCAAGACCCGCUGGGCCAGAAUAUGAAUCACAACCCUUUAGACAUCAUGUAGGAAUUCUACUUAAUGUGUCAAGUUGAGCUGAAACGCGUUGUGAUUCUUCGCACAAACUGCACUCACCCAGGACAGUGUUACUGUUAUUACUUAGCCUUUCUUUUUUAUACUAUUAUUAAAUGUUAUUUAAAAUGUUUUCAAUAAAGAUGCAUUGAACUGAACUUCCUAUGGGAGAUGAACAAUAAAUCAAGCAGUUGUUAAAUAAAGAGUAAAUGUAAGUUAUUGCUGUUAAUAUAUUUUUUUGCCAACUGUGGACAAAGAGGGGGGAUGGUUUCUCUAGCACGCCCCCUCACCUCCACCUCUUGCUGAAUACAAGAAAGGUGAUAUUUUUCGGGGGUAAAUGGGAGUAAUUGCCUUUUUUAAGAAAUGUUUUUAAGAUUUUAAAAGUGGUCAAGAAUUAAAGAGGAAAUGCAAAGAACUUUUUUUUUUUUUAAAUCAGUUUCACUUCCCAUUAUUCAGUCUGUCUAUUUGUUUUAGGGAGUGAUGUGGAUUAUUAAUGUAAAUCCAAACAUGAUGCAUAUCUUCAUUUUUAAAUGUUUGGGUUUGCUUUAUUUAUUUUCUUUUGGGGGUGGGGGUGUUAUGUACCCUGAGACUGCUACAAUUCGUAUAGAAAUAUAUUUUUGUUAUUGACUGUUAAGAGGGGGAUAGUGGAUAUUUCCUUUCACUUUAGAUGUCUUUAGUUGUCUGUCCAGGCAGGAAUAAUUAAAUGUCAGUGUUUAAUUGCAGUGGUCGAGCUCUGCUGUGAGUUUGAGACGUUGAACGGACAUUUUGUGACGUCCCGGCCAGCUUCUGUAUUGGACAUCGGUCAUGCUGGAAGGGACUCUUCCCUUGCAAACAUGCAAGCCCUCUCCCUCGAAUGUGUGUGCACUCCUUCCUUUAAAGACACUUAAUAUGGAGCAGUGGAGGCUUGGGGAGGGGGGGUGCAUACCUGUGUGCCUGUAACAUUUUGAGUACAUGGGCUGGGAUGUGAAAAACUGGGUGGGGUGGGCUCCUUUUACUGUUUUUAGGAUUCUGCUGUUUGGAGUAAACAGAGGAUUUUGAUCCAAAUGAACUGUGUUGCACAGAAAUGAGGAGAAAGGAGGAGAUAUGAGCAGUCAGUCUCAGUCUCCGUCUCUUUCUGCCUCGUCCCCUUUGCUGCUUCCCUUGGACUCUACCCCCCCCCCCCCUCCUCUGGGGGAAGCCGUCGCCCCCCCCCAACUCCAUCCUCUUUAUCUUUCUGCUAAGAACUUUGGGAGUUUAAUUUAAUAUUUUUUACUGUACAAAGGAAACAAACUGUGGACUCAAAUACUGUUUUUAUAAUAAAAUGAAAAUUACCAACA